AUGGCUGCUUCCAUUCACCAUUCGCAACUCACUUGGCUCAGCAUUCAACACAACCAUAUCACGGAACUCACUGCCAAGACGCUAUAUGGAAUGCCUCAUUUGAAAUUUCUAAAUAUCGGAUACAACAGAAUCACCAUUGCGCACAAGAAGUCUUUUAACACUCUCCCUUAUCUUCACACACUGUUGAUGAAUAAUAACGAAUUGACUUCUCUUGCUAUCGGUCAGUUUCGAUCCCAGAAGGUGCUCACUCACCUGGAUUUAAGUCACAACCGUCUCCUCACUUUGGUCAAGGGCAUUUUUGCUGGACUGGCCAAUCUGGAGAAAGUCAAUUUAGCUGAUAACCGCAUAACACGCAUUGGUUUAUCCACUUUCCAGGACACCCCGAAGUUGAUUCGCUUUGAACUACGCGGAAACGAUCUACGAUCCUUUAACUUUGAUGUCCUUGCUCCUAUGCGCCGUCUACACUACGUCGAUCUGGCGGACAAUCAGAUAAGUUCCUUAAAAGAGACACAACGCAAAGAUAUCUUCAUUGUUUAUCUCUCGCUGGCUGGUAAUAAUUUAAAAGGCCUUGAGAAGAACGUAAUGAGAGUUCUCGUUCCCGGGGCUUCAGUCAUACUCUCAAAUAAUCCACUAAUGUGUGACUGUAAACUCCGCUGGGCUAGAGAAUACGCUGGAGGGAAACAAUUGCGACUUGGUGACCCCGAUCUCAUCCGCUGCAAAGAACCACUCAAUCUGACCGGAUUAAAGAUGUUGUCGCUCAGCCAUGCUGAAUUCCGAUGUCUGCCGACGCCUUACCAUUCUAUUGAAUCAAGUCGAAAUAAUUACAGGAAGGAAAAUACUGAUUCUUCAAAGACUGUUCAGUGUACAUCACCGGCAAAGGAACAGAAAUUUAACAGCCGACAACUCAGGAAGGACAAGCAAGAACUUUACCGAUUCCAUGCCACCAUUAUCGAUUCUUUUGGUCAAGUGGUGUGCAAUGGUCAUUUGAUUACUUCAGAAUGGGUACUGACAACGGCAACAUGUAUCCAAUCGCUGAUGACAACAUCAAGUGAUAAUACAGGUACAUUCCCAGUGCGGACGCAAGUCCGAAUCGGUCAAGGUCAGACAGAAAAAAUAGAUGAAGUCGUUGUCCAGCCAAAUGAUGGACAACUGGCUCUGCUGAAGCUAAGCGGCAGUGGCAACUCUGCAGCUAAAGGUGGCCGAAGGGAUACAACGUUAGAGGCAUGCAUUAUGGGAGAGAAAGAGUUCCCAGAUUCUGAGCAUUCAGUCCGGAGAGGAGCAUUCACAGCCAGAAUAGAUGGAUAUAAAUCUAAAUCGAAGUUACGGUCGAUUAGCGGUAAAUACAGCCCAGCUCUCUGUGCCCGGCGCCAACACAAAUUAUGUGUACGAAUGCGUCAACGGAAAAGACCAAAUAAAGAGUUAUUCACGUUGGGCUCACCAUUUUACUUGGGGAGCUCCCGGAACUGGAGAUUGGCGGGAAUUGGUUCGGGUUUUAUGUCUACUUCGAACAUUGAUGGACCGGAUAAUUCGGAACCAUCACUAAACAUAGUUGAAUUUUAUCCCUUAUGGGCUUCCGUUAAUUGGAUUGAUCGGACAGUAUUUGGUUGA